AUGGCAGCCACAAAUGUAUCCAAGGAUACGAUUUCGCCUUACAAACAGAAACUAAGAUGAAAUUCUUUGAGAAAGAGCUUUAAUGGCAUCAUCAACAAGGUCAUGACCAUGGAAUAUAUCACAGACAUUGUUCCCGAAUUGUUUUCUCAAAACUUGAUCCGCGGGAGAGGGCUCUUCUGCAGAUCCCUUAUAUCACAGAUGGCCUAUCCGGAGUAUACCAUUGAGUUUGCCGCGCUUGUUGCGGUCGUAAAUUCCAAGUUUCCUGAAGUCGGUAAUCUUUUACUCAGAAGAAUUGUUUUGCAAUUCAAAUGGGCUUAUCAUAGGAAUGACAAGCCUCAUCAGUUACAUGCUACUGUUAAGUUUAUAGCACAUUUGGUGAAACAGCUAGUUGCACAUGAGAUUAUUGCUUUGGAAAUACUCACGGUUUUGCUUGAUAACCCUAUUGAUGAUAGUCUUGAAGUAGCUGUUAGUUUUCUUAUAGAAUGCGGUUCAACUUUGCAGAAUCUUUCACCUAAAGCCCUUCAUGCUGUAUUUGAGCGUUUUCGUUGGAUUUUAUAUGGUGAAGUUGAUAAGCGUGUUCAGUUUCUAAUUCAAGACUUAUUUGCUGUAAGAAAAACUAGGUUUCAGAGUUAUCCAGCUGUUCCACCUGAAUUAGACCUCGUGGACGAGGAGGAUCAGUUGACGCAUGAAGUGUCGUUGAAUGAGAGUAUAGAUCCAGAGUUUUCGCUUGAUGUAUUUAGACUGGAUCCAGAUUAUGUAGAGAACGAAAAACAUUAUGAGCAGUUGAAGAAAACUAUCUUGGGAGACGAAGAAGAAAUCGAGGGUGAUCAGGAAGGCGACUCAGUCGUUGAAUCAGAUGAAGAAGAUGGCGAGAAGCAUAUGCAGAUAAGGGAUGAAGCCGAUACCAAUCUUGUGAAUCUUCGAAGGGCUAUAUAUCUGACCAUUAUGUCGUGUUUAGAUUUUGAGGAAGCUGGUCAUAAGCUUCUCAGAAUUAUUCAUCGCCAGAAAGGUCAAGAGAUCCAAUUAUGCAAUAUGAUUCUACAAUGCUGCAGGUAUGAAAAAGUUUAUCGUCCAUACUAUGGUCUUCUGGGGGAGCGUUUUUGUAUGAUCAACAAAGUUUAUCAACAAAACUUUGAAAAGUGUUUUGCUCAACAGUUGUCAACAAUUCACAGGCUUCAAACAAAUCAACUCCGAAAUGUGGCACAGUUUUUUGCUCAUUUGCUUGCCACAUCGACUCUCCCUUGGAACGUGUUAUCAUAUAUCCGGUUGACUGAAGAGGACACAACUUCUUCUUCGCGGAUAUUUAUUAAGAUUCUGUUCCAAGAGUUAUCUGAGCAUCUUGGCAUCCAGGUGCUGAAUGAUCGGUUGAAUGAUCCAGUAAUGCAGGAUUGUUUUGAAUCAUUAUUUCCCAAAGAUAGCACAAAAAACACACGGUUUUCCAUUAACUUCUUCACGUCGAUUGGACUUGGCGAGCUUACUAAGAAUCUAGGCGUCUAUUUGAAAAAUCUGACCUUGCGGAGCUCCCAUUCAUUGGAUGAAAGUGGCAGAAAACGUAGAAGAAAAUAAAGCAAAUGCAUUUUAAGGCCCUUGCAAACCUUUUGAUUUAGAAUCAAUGGUUUUACAAUAUGUUAAGUUAGUUUACUUUCCUUUUUCAUAACUGUUGAUAGUUAGAAUUGGAUUCUGCUGAUGUAGAGGGAUGUUGAGUUUGUUCUGCUCGGAUUUUA